CACGUCAGACACAGUGCCAUGUCAGACAAAGUGCCACGUCAGCAACAUGACGGACCUGCCAGGCCAACUGGCCAAUGAGCCCAUUGCCGACUACAAAAAGCGUGUCCAUGCUCAGCUCGCUGCAAUCGAGGCUGAGGAACAACGCCAGCUGGCAGUCAAGGCUGCCCAGCUACAGGCUGAUGAAGCGGCAUCAGCAGAGAAGCUGCGGCUACAGGCCGAAGCAGACGCAGAUGCCCAGGCUCGCCGCAAGGAAGCCCAGGCUCUGCUGCAGCGGCAUGAAGCCAGCAGCAUCGAGAAACUCAAGUACUGGCAUUUUGAACCAAACGGCAACGAGCCAACACUGGAAGAGAAGCAUAAGGAGUUCAUGGCCAAGCUCGUGAGCAGGUUGGUUUACACAUGUAACCACCUACAGUCCGAGCUGGCAAACCUCCAGCGGGCCGUGCGGAACCAAAAGACUCAGCACGAGGAUGCCACACGGGCACUGGAUGCCCGUGUACAUGACUUGGAACAAGUUCCACCAAGACAAGAUGCUGGAGCUUCCAGCAGUGCAUCCUCUAGCCGCCAACUAGAGGAACGUGUUGACCACGUACAGCUGCAGUCGACGAGCGCAGAUGAGAAUCCGAAGAUGUACAAGAUGCCAACUUUCCAACUGGACAAGUUCGACGACUACACACAGCAGGAUCCGGUCCUCUGGUGGGAGGCAUUCACAACGCAACUCAGGAUUCUGCCUGUCGCCAAGCACGCGUACAUCAGCGCCCUGUUCUUGAACUCAAAGGGCGGAUGCCAGACCUGGUUGAGCCACCUGGCAACCUCUCAUGGCGUCGACGUACCGGACUUUAAGGAUAAAAUCACAUGGGAGGAAUUGACACGGCUGUGGAAAAAGCGGUUCAUCGUCGACGACGCGCCGGCUCUUGCUAUCAACCGUCCGUUCACCAUGUCACAGGGCAACACGGCAACCCGGGAUUGGCUCACGGAGUGGCAGAAGAUUGCGGCGGUGCCCAAUUUGGAAUUGGCAUUCACGCAUCUACGCCGUGAGUUCUACAACAGGUCUUGCGCUGCAUUGAGCCAGGCUCUUGUUGAUCACGAGCAGUACUCAACCUUUGCCGAGAUUAUUGACAAAGCAAGGGAGAUCAUCAAGACCAACAGGUCAGCUGCACACGAGAAGUCACCAUGGCAACCGACCUAUGUGGAGAAGGUACGAACUGGUCCGCGACAGCAGCACUUCGCUGCAGUCCAGCAGGACAGUGGAGAUAACCCAGCAGCCACUCCAGCAUCAAGUGACGGAGAUCAGGUUCUGCUGUCCAGCCGCGAAGCAACAACAAGUCCCGCAACAAUGGGAAGGCAAAAUCCGCAUCGCAGGCAGGAAAUGGACAGCCAGUACAAGUUCCAUGGGUCAAGUUUCGCUUGACCGAGGCGGAGUACAAGAUCCACGGCCGCUACGGCAACUGCUAUUGGUGCAACACCACCACUCCCUGUGCCAGGAUC